GCAGGAAGUACAGUUCACGCUGUCAUGGCCAAUGUGCGGCUGGAGUUUAAGGCAAGCGCCGGGGAUGCUGACCCUCAGACGAGGCCUCUACUGGUGCUGGGGCAGCUGCACAACCUGCAACGGGUGCCCUGGGCUGAACUGAAGGGGAAGCUGCACCCGAGAGUUACUGAAGAGAUAUGGCAGAGUGCUCUAAGCUCACUGAGCCCAAAUCCUACAGACAACUGCCCUCUGUAUCUGAACUACGCUACAGUCGCUGCUCUGCCCUCCCGAGUCAGCCGGCACAACAGCCCGUCGGCAGCGCAUUUUAUAACCCGACUCGUACGCAACAGCCUCCCUGGAGGGGCGAACCGCUGUAUCCUGAUGGUAUGUGAGCAGUCCGAUCUAUUCGCCAGCGCAUGUGCCAUCGCCCGGGCCUUCCCGCUAUUCACCCGCCGGUCCAGCGCAUCCCGCCGUGCAGACAAAAAGAAAGUAGUGGUGGAGUUUCUUUUGACCGGGCAGAACAAUGGACCUAUGGAACUUUCAACUCUGAAGUGCUUGGAGAGCGCCACGGAAGGGGUGAGACUGGCAGCUCGCAUUGUGGAUACUCCAUGUAGUGAAAUGAACACUGACCACUUCAUUGAGGAGAUUAAGGCUGUUGCACUGGACCUGGGGAUAACACCAGCCAUUAUCCGGGAUGUGGAACUGAAGCAGAGAGGAUUUGGAGGGAUCUAUGGGGUUGGAAAAGCAGCAGAACACCCCCCUGCCCUGGUGAUUCUAAGUCACACCCCUGAGGGAGCCACUCAAACGAUUGCCUGGGUAGGAAAAGGCAUUGUGUACGACACAGGUGGACUCAGCAUUAAGGGAAAGACCACCAUGCCAGGAAUGAAGAGAGAUUGUGGGGGAGCAGCAGCAGUUCUAGGAGCCUUCAAAGCAGCUGUUAAGCAGGGUUUCAAGGAUAAUCUUCAUGCCUUAUUCUGCCUGGCGGAGAAUUCUGUGGGUCCCAAAGCCACCAGGCCAGAUGAUAUCCAUGUGUUGUAUUCUGGGAAAACAGUUGAGAUAAACAACACGGAUGCUGAAGGCAGGUUGGUGCUGGCGGAUGGGGUCUCCUAUGCAUGCAAAGAUCUGGGGGCUGAUAUCAUUCUGGAUAUGGCAACACUAACGGGGGCUCAGAGCAUAGCCACAGGUAAAUACCACGCCGCUGUCCUGACCAACAGUGACGAGUGGGAAGUUGCUUGCGUGAAAGCUGGAAGGAAGUGUGGGGACCUCGUUCACCCGCUCGUUUAUUGCCCUGAGCUGCACUUCAAUGAGUUUUCUUCCGCUGUGGCUGAUAUGAAGAACUCUGUGGCUGACCGGGAGAAUGCACAGAGCUCCUGCGCUGGCCUCUUUAUUGCCUCUCACAUUGGCUUUGACUGGCCUGGGGUGUGGGUACAUGUGGAUAUUGCAUCUCCUGUCCAUGCCGGUGAACGAGCCACUGGUUUUGGGGUGGCCCUGCUACUCUCCUUGUUUGGUCGUGCCUCUGAGGAUUCCCUACUAAACAUGGUCUCCCCUCUGGGAGAAGUUAAUAUCACAGACAACCAUGAGAGGGAUUCCAAGAGACGUCGGCUCGUGUAACCCCCCUCCCCAAACAUUAUAGAUGCCCCUACAGGGCAGUUAUGAACCCGUAUCCCCAGCCAGGGCCACAGCUGAUGUGCAUUGUCAUUACUUUGUUAAAUUUCCAUUGCGCUGAUGCAGGGGAACCAUCUUAUUUUUAGUGACGGUCAUUUUUCCCUUUUGUUGUAAAAGUGAACCCGUAAAUCAUCUUUUUUAGUAAUGCACAAGUAUUUCCAACCACUAAUUAUCACUCCAUUACCAUGUCUUCCCCCCCCAUAUCUGAUCUGUUCCCCCUCAUAUCUCCAAGUUAUUCAUUUUGUAAUCUUUUAUUGAUGCUUUCCAGCGGAAUACAAAUAAUUUGCUCAAA